AUGUCAACACAGGAGUGCAGAUGUUUCUUUUCCCCUGUGUUCAAUGCAGGAUCCCUCUUGCUAGCUGUGCACUCCUACAGCUUCACCAGCCCAGCCCCUCUGAUCCCCAGCACGGCUCUGGGCGUCCUUCUGUUUGUUAUAUCGGCUCUCUUGGCAUAUGCAGGAGUUCAGAAGAGCCUGAGAAGUGCCUCCUUGUUCGUGUCGCUGUGUCUGACCAUCUCAGUGCUAUGGUGCAGCUAUGGAGUCAUCCACAUCCUGGCAGGACAAGGGGUCCUGAAUGGCACUGGUGAUUUCCGCAAUGCCGUGGUGCCCGGCCUGGCGACAUUUACUCUGGGGCUCCUCAUCAUUGGGGUGGUGGGCUUCCUUCAAAGACAGCUCAUCCUUGCCAUGGUUGCUUCUUGCAUUUCGCUUGCCUGUGCCCAUGAAAUUGCCAUGCUUUAUAACACGGCUUUCGGUUCCUCGGCAGUGGCUUGCAAUUAUAUGAUUGUCUGCUUCCUUGGGGGCUAUUUUGCUAUGGGGAGGGGUCUUUAUUUCCUCAGCAAGAAGAAAAUCACCCUUCCUGGCACAGAUCUGGGCAUGAGUAAGACCAAUGAGCAGGUCCAGGCCAAUGGUGCCAACACGAAUGACUUGGCAGUCAUUGGUCUGAUCUUGAACAUGUUGUCUGCCAGCGUCUUUGGCUGCAGGCUCCUGGGAGUGACCAGCAAGCUAUUUGUGGGCCAAGUACCUUGGCUUUGGGCAGCUGGGAUUUACCAGAUUGGGGUCUGCAUUUUCUCUUACCGUGCGCUGGAUACGUUGGCUGCCACAUUCUUUGGUUUCACCUCUGUGCUGAAAUUUGCUGGAGGCUAUUCCCUCCUGUACCGGAUCUGGCAGCAGGAUGAGCCGGUUUUCCCCGUCCCUUUCUUGGUGGUUUUUGCUAUCCUUUUUGCUGUCUUGGCCCUUUUCACCACCAUUAAAAGUCUGGUGGAUGGCCUGUAUUUGCUCUUUUACGUGGCCUACUGCAUCGCCCUAGCCUGUCGCCCUCAUGGUUUUUUUGAAGGUGGUCCCCAAGGCGUGGAUGUGGCCAUCUUUGUGGCCUCAGCCCUUAUGGCUCUCAUUUACCAGUACAACAUGAAGGCGAGUGCCAAAAUCCCUACAGGGGAGGGAAUGGUCAAGGCCUUUCUCUCCCACAACAGUCAUCUCAAACUUCAUGAAGGGAAAGACCUUCACACUCCCUACCUUGGCUAUUCCAAGUAUGCCGAUGCUGAGGUGCUUGGCUUUGCGUGCAGCGUCCUUGCUUCCUUUGCUAUCACAAUGACGGUGGACCCAAGGGCACCACUUGCUACUGUUGUUAUACCCUGGGUGGUGGUAGCCGGAGGGAUCCUUAAGCUUUUAUGUGGUUCAGUGGCCUUUGCCCGUGGUAAGACCUUGGAGAGCAGUGCCUUCAUUCUCUACGGGGUCAUUUGGAUCAUCUGGGGCUUAACCAGAUAUGGUGGUCUCUAUGGCACUAGCAGGGGCUUCCAAGUAGCUGUAGGCAUCAUUGCCCUCAUGCUUUUCAACUGCUUCAUUGUUUUCUGCACUGUUUUCCUAAGCAUUUCCUGGUUCAUUUACUCCCUCACCUUCUUACUCAUACUCAUCAGCUUCUUGCUGGAUGCAGUCAAUGCCAUGCCAGCUGGUUAUGAUAUUGCUGUCACCAUCAUCUUUGGGCUGGCCAGCUUCUAUUGCUUCCUUUCUGCCCUUUUCAACAGUACCUUUGAAGGCUCUCACUUCCCUGUGGGUAGGCCUAUUGUGCAGCUCAGUGGUGUUGGGGGAGGAAGCACCAAAUGCCUUCACUUGCCUGCCAGGAAAGCUUCCUCAGUCAAGCAAAUUGCAGAGAUCAUGAAGAAUGGAGGAGCUUGUGGCAUCCCCACAGACACAGUGUAUGUUCUGGUGGCAGCCUGCAAUCGACCUGAUGCUGUGGAGAAAGCUUACAAGACUAAGCGCCAGGCUCAGGAUCGCCCCAUGUCACUCUGGAUUUCUAGUCUGAAGCAGCUGGAACCUACAAAGCAUUUGUUCAACCCCAUACUGUGGGAUUUCAUGUUGGCUGCUUGGCCAUCUCCCAUUAGCCUGGUGGUUCCCAGAGGGGAAUGGGUGGACUUUCUGGGGAUGAAAGACUCUGCCAAAUAUGUCGGUACCUCUCAGAGCAUCGCCAUCCGUAUCCCCGACUGCUCCGUCACCACACAUCUCAUUGAUCUGGUUGGCCCCAUUGCAGUCACAUCAGCCAAUCCAACUGGAGAAGCAGACACCACCCACCACAAUCAGGUGUAUGCCAAACUGGGAGACAAGGUGGAUGCAGUUCUAUGCGAUGGGCCUUCUCCAGAGAACAUUGCCUCGACUGUUGUGGACUGCACCAAGAUUGAGAGUGGAAACAUAGGGUUCUUCAGGGUUGGCAUUGUUCCCAAAUCCCAGGUGCUACAGAUACUGGAGCAGGUGCAGAGGAAACACAUGCAGGGCCAUACCAAUGGCAGUGUCACCAUGGCGAGCCAGAAGAAGCAGCAGCACCUCUCCCAUGCCAUCUCCAAUGGGAUACAUGCUGCCAGCCCAGAAGAGAGUGCAUUGACAUCAUUCACUAACGGUGCAUUCAGCGCUGAUGAGGAGGGAGGAAAGCUCUGAGCAGCCCAGUUACACAUUCACCAGGGAAGGGCUUUCCAGUAAGUGACAUGCAGAUAAAAAUAGAGGAUGGAAGAGAGAUCCCUGUCUCAGGUGCUGUGAAUCCACCCUUCUAUGGAUACUGCUAAACUGCCCCUGCCUGGGGGUGAUUUAUAACCCAGGAAUGUACAGUGCUAUUUUUCAUCAUUGGAGUCCACCAGAUUUCACCAAAUACUAUCUAUGAACAAAUAGGAGUGCCGCCAGCUUUUUUGGUGCCCUAGGUGGUGGAAGGUCCCGCCCCUGAAAUGGCACCCCCGACAGGCGGCGGAAGGUCCCGCCCCCAAAAUACCGCCGACGACCGCGGCGGCCCCCAAAUGUUAGCGCCCUAGGUGACCACCUAGGUCGCCUAAUGGGUUGCGCCGGCCCUGUAAACAAACAUUCUUACUGGAGUGGCUUACGGGCCCCAGGUCUUUCUUCAAGGGUUUAUUCUUCAUCCCAAUAUGAAGACUGAUCAUAUGGCCUCUGAUUUGGUAAAGUCUUUCUGUUCAUGUUACUUAUAUUGAUUUGUUUAGGGGGAAACCAUACAUGAAACAACUGGUGAACCCUGCCCCCCACCCCAAAUAGACCUUUUCAGAGGCUUGAACCCAGGGGUCAUGAGUGCAGUGUAAAUAUCAAGGUAGAUCGGAGAUGGCACCUGGAUAUUGGCACCUUCUUCCAAGAAAGGCAGGUACCUAAAGUUUAGCUACUUGGCUCAAAAUGAAGAUUGCAGAAGUAGUGGAGUUUCAGGAAAGACCCUCCUUUCUGAGGGAAUGAUAUCACCCUGGGAGCUGAUAUUGUCGACACUGCAGGCACAUUUUUGAAGUAUCAAAACUCUUAAACCUGAGAAUGCAGCACCUGACCCUUGUAUUGAUUUUUCAGUUUGCUGGCUGAACCAACCAAAUGUUCCAGGUCAAAAUGGACAUUUUAAUUUUUAGAAUGAAAUGUUUUGUUUCAAAUUUUUAAAAUUAAAACUGAGGUAAAUUUUGAAAUGCAAAGUUGUUUCAAAUUGAAGAAUCAAAAUGUUUCAUUUUGAAAAUGUCAGAAUCAAGCAUUUCAGUUUUUUUCAACAUGAAUUCACAAAAUGUUUCCGUUGAUCCAAGUCUGCAGCUCUCAUUGUAUAUGCCUUAUACUGUAAAGUUGCACAUUUGUACAGCAAGUUUCAUGGCUCCAGUGCAGGUUCUAUAUGGAGUAGUGGAUGCUGAGCUAGGGGAGGUGAACAGGAGAUUCAAACUCACAUGAGAAACUGUUCACAGGAUGAACCCUAGUUGGAUAUGGAAUUCAGCCACUAUUGUUGCCUUCACCUGCCCUUCCUCUUUCCAGCCAAACAAGUGUUGAGCCUGAUUCUGAUCUCACUUAGAUAGGCGUGAAGGCCUGAUCAAACUCCAACUAAUGUCAAUGGAAAGGACCUCGCUGACUUCAGCAGGAGUUUGAUUGGUCUUUGAACUGGGUGUUAAAUUCAGUGAGGUCUGGAAUUAUAGUAGUAUACAUUUCACAAAUCCAGAGGAUCGGUGCUACGCCAGUAGCUUUGGAAAAAUCUCUUGGAGGAACCCCUUUGAUGUGCCAGAUCCCCAAGGGGUCUCACUUUUCCCUCACAGUAGGCCAAGUGGCGUCACUGCUUCCUUAGACUGAGUCUUCGGGGCUCCAGCUGUCCUGUUUCACAUCAUGAGCUCUGUUCAGCAAGUAGAGUUGUACACUCCUCAAGGAUUAGUGCAUCUCACCCAGUAUUUACAGUGACACUCAGGCAAUGUUGUCAAAACAGUUGAGUUUAUCAGUAAACUAGAACACACCAUAAGAAGUCCUUAGGUUAGCACAGAGAAAUGAAGGCUAAAACAGAGUCCGUUCUAGUUAGCCUAGAGCCCAACCAAGCUGCAGUAAGGCUCCAUUUUCUCUCUUAGUCUGACAUCCAUAGUCAGCUCCCAGGUGAGAGAGCCCCCAGAUUCCUCCAGAAACCAACGCAUAUCCCCCACCUCACACCUCUCAGGCUUUUGUUCUUAACCUAGGGGCUUUGCUCAGCUUCCCUGCUGAGAGACAGGGAAAUCCAUGAAUCAUUGGAGCUUGCAUUGUCUCUCUGUCCUCCUUGUUGAUUUGGGUCGGGUUCAACCAGUUCCAGCUCUCCAUUCCCUCCAGGCAGGGAGUUGACACUCACCUAUGUAGCUUAGUCUGCCCUGAGAGCAAAUUUAAUCCCCCUCCCCCUCAGUGGAUAACAAUGUGGCAUAUGGGGAAACUGAGGCACACAUAGGCUUCAUAAAAAUAUUACAACAAUUCCCACUUUGUUACAAUACUGAGGGAACAACAAGGCCUUCUUGACUUGUUGAGGAGAUGACUUCCUUCUAUGCAAUGUUGCAUCAUUGACUUAGUUAAUUUAUUUUGCAGAGUUUCUCAUUGUAACU